AUGAGUGUGGGGUGUGCGGGGCUCCUGCGCUCCGCUCACGGCCGCCGCCGCCGGGGGAGGACGGACGGACGGCGCUUCCCUCCUCCGCGAGCGGUUCCCGGGCACCUCUGCGCGGCUGGGGCGCGAGCGGAGCGCGCCCGGCUGGCCGCCGGCCUCCAGGAGGUCCCGCCGCGUCCCCCCUGGGCUGGAUAUGCUCCUGUUCACGUGAAGAUGGAUUUAGUGUACGGUCUCGUGUGGCUGCUGACAGUCCUCCUGGAGGGGAUCUCUGGCCAAGGAGUGUACGCUCCCCCCACAGUUCGUAUUGUGCAUUCAGGCCUGGCCUGUAACAUUGAGGAGGAGCGCUACUCAGAAAGGGUCUACACUAUACGGGAAGGAGAAACCUUGGAAUUGACAUGUCUGGUCACAGGGCAUCCACGUCCACAGAUCAGGUGGACCAAAACAGCAGGAAGUGCCUCUGACAGAUUCCAAGACUCAAGUGUCUUCAAUGAGACUUUGAGGAUUACAAAUAUUCAGCGACACCAAGGAGGCCGGUAUUACUGUAAAGCAGAGAAUGGCCUGGGGUCCCCAGCGAUAAAGUCAAUCAGAGUGGAUGUGUACUAUCUGGAUGAUCCAGUAGUAACUGUUCAUCAAAGUAUAGGUGAAGCUAAAGAACAGUUUUACUAUGAGAGAACAGUGUUCCUCCGCUGUGUUGCCAAUUCAAACCCACCUGUUCGGUACAGCUGGAGGCGUGGCCAGGAGGUGUUACUACAAGGAUCUGAUAAAGGCGUUGAGAUUUAUGAACCCUUCUUUACCCAGGGUGAAACAAAGAUCUUAAAACUGAAGAAUCUUCGACCUCAGGACUACGCUAAUUAUAGCUGCAUCGCUUCAGUGAGGAAUGUCUGUAACAUUCCUGAUAAGAUGGUGUCAUUUAGACUUUCCAAUAAAACAGCAUCUCCGUCAAUUAAACUCUUGGUGGAUGACCCUAUAGUUGUAAAUCCUGGAGAGGCCAUAACCUUAGUAUGUGUUACAACAGGAGGAGAGCCUGUGCCCUCUCUCACCUGGGUCAGGUCCUUUGGGACUCUGCCUGAAAAGACUGUUUUGAAUGGAGGAACUUUGACCAUACCUGCCAUCACCUCAGAAGAUGCUGGUACUUACAGUUGCAUCGCCAAUAAUAAUGUGGGAAACCCUGCAAAAAAGUCCACCAACAUCAUUGUGAGAGCAUUAAAAAAAGGACGAUUUUGGAUCACACCAGAUCCUUAUCACAAAGAUGACAACAUCCAGAUUGGGCGUGAGGUGAAAAUAUCUUGCCAAGUAGAAGCCGUUCCUUCUGAGGAGUUAACAUUUAGUUGGUUUAAAAAUGGUCGUCCAUUAAGAAGUUCUGAGCGGAUGGUUAUUACGCAGACAGAUCCUGAUGUCUCCCCGGGAACGACAAACUUGGACAUCAUUGAUUUAAAAUUCACGGAUUUUGGGACCUACACAUGUGUAGCAUCUCUGAAGGGAGGAGGAAUAUCUGAUAUCAGUAUUGAUGUUAAUAUAUCCAGCAGCACAGUUCCACCCAAUCUGACUGUUCCACAGGAAAAAUCACCUUUGGUCACCAGAGAAGGAGACACAAUAGAACUGCAGUGUCAAGUAACUGGAAAACCUAAACCCAUCAUCCUUUGGUCUAGAGCGGAUAAAGAAGUUGCGAUGCCUGAUGGGUCAAUGCAAAUGGAGAGUUAUGAUGGAACCCUGAGGAUUGUGAAUGUGUCUAAGGAAAUGUCAGGAAUGUACCGAUGUCAGACCAGCCAGUACAAUGGAUUUAAUGUGAAACCAAGAGAAGCCUUGGUGCAGCUCAUCGUGCAGUAUCCUCCUGCUGUGGAACCGGCAUUUCUGGAAAUCCGGCAAGGACAAGACCGGACUGUCACUAUGAGCUGCAGGGUCCUGAGAGCCUAUCCAAUACGGGUGCUGACCUAUGAGUGGCGCUUGGGCAACAAAUUAUUACGGACGGGUCAGUUUGACUCUCAAGAAUACACAGAGUACCCGGUGAAGAGCCUUUCCAAUGAAAACUAUGGGGUUUACAAUUGUAGCAUCAUAAAUGAAGCUGGUGCAGGGAGAUGCAGCUUUCUUGUUACAGGAAAGGCCUAUGCUCCAGAAUUCUAUUACGAUACCUACAAUCCUGUGUGGCAAAACAGACACCGUGUUUACUCCUACAGUCUGCAGUGGACUCAGAUGAAUCCUGAUGCAGUAGAUCGGAUCGUUGCAUACCGGUUGGGUAUUAGGCAGGCUGGACAGCAGCGAUGGUGGGAACAGGAGAUUAAAAUAAAUGGAAAUAUUCAGAAGGGAGAAUUAAUUACAUAUAAUUUGACUGAGCUAAUUAAACCGGAGGCUUAUGAAGUCCGACUAACUCCUCUCACCAAAUUUGGCGAAGGAGAUUCAACAAUUCGUGUCAUCAAAUAUAGUGCUCCUGUUAAUCCUCAUUUGAGAGAAUUUCACUGUGGAUUUGAAGAUGGUAACAUUUGUUUGUUCACCCAAGAUGAUACAGACAAUUUUGAUUGGACAAAACAAAGUACUGCAACAAGAAAUACAAAAUAUACUCCUAACACUGGACCUAAUGCUGAUCGUAGUGGAUCCAAAGAAGGCUUUUAUAUGUACAUUGAGACAUCUCGACCCAGAUUGGAAGGAGAAAAGGCUCGACUUCUCAGCCCUGUUUUCAGCAUAGCUCCCAAAAAUCCUUAUGGACCCACGAACACCGCAUAUUGUUUCAGCUUCUUUUAUCACAUGUAUGGACAACAUAUAGGUGUUUUAAAUGUUUAUCUACGUUUGAAAGGGCAGACAACGAUAGAGAAUCCACUGUGGUCUUCAAGUGGGAAUAAAGGACAACGAUGGAAUGAGGCACAUGUUAAUAUAUAUCCAAUUACUUCAUUUCAGCUCAUUUUUGAAGGUAUUCGAGGUCCUGGCAUAGAAGGUGACAUUGCCAUUGAUGAUGUAUCGAUUGCAGAAGGAGAAUGUGCAAAACAAGACCUAACGACUAAGAAUUCCGUUGAUGGUGCUGUUGGAAUUUUAGUACAUUUAUGGCUUUUUCCAGUUAUUGUCCUCUUCUCUAUCUUAAGUCCUCGAAGGUGACCUUACCCUGGCAGAGGCUAUAAAAGAUUCACCAGGCACUGGCAUGAAGAAAGAGUCUUUGUAAAUGGACACUGAAAAAACAAACUACCAAAGAUUCCUCCACUGACUACUGACUCAAAAAUAAAAUAAUAAAAACAAAAUUUUUUAAGCACUGGGGAUAAAAAGAC